GAAACGCAUGCGUACUCGUUUCGCGACGCAACAGUCGUAAACAACAUUUUUUCCAAUCAGAUUCGUUACGAGUUUACGCUUGCACGUUAAGUAGAGCGUCCUGGCGGGCGCACCACAAUUUUUCCGCGUUUUCGUACGAUUUCGCGGAAAAAAUGGGGCUGAGCUCGCUCACUCAGUGUACGUGAUACGUAAACUUAUGGGUUUCUGGCAUGCGGUGACGUCAUCCGGAUCGUUCUGGAAGAACCCUGCAGGACAAUAAUGGCGGAUUUGUAUGCUAAAUACAACUGCACCUAUUGUCAAGAGGACAUCACGGGUUUACGUGUAAGAUGCGUCGAAUGCCCGGAUUUCGACCUCUGUUUGCAGUGUUUUUCUGCUGGUGCUGAAAUUGGUCCACACAGAAAUGAUCACUCUUAUCAGUUUAUGGAUUCUGGUACCAUUAGUAUAUUUAAUGGUAGAGGAAAUUGGACUGCUAGAGAACAACUUAGACUCUUGGAUGCCAUUGAACAAUUUGGUUAUGGUAACUGGGAAGAUAUUAGCAAACAUAUUGAAACACGUACGCCAGAAGAAGCAAAAGAAGAAUACAUUGCCAGAUACCUUGAUGGCAAUAUCGGUAAACAUACAUGGCCACCAACAGACAGCUACAAACCAAAUCUUACGGAUCAAACUAAGUCGGAUCAUGGACCUCUAUCGCCAGAUCUCACAUCUCGGUUACCACCGCUGGAUAUUACGCCAGAGGAAGCCGCACAACUGGGUUAUAUGCCGCAACGAGAUGAUUUUGAAAGAGAUUACAACCAUGAAGCAGAGUCGCUCGUGUCUUCGUUAUUCCUGAAUCCAGCAGAGGAUGAUGACUUAGACAUAGCUCUUAAACUUGCACAGGUUGAUAUGUAUACCAACAAUUUAAGGGAGAGAGCGCGACGAAAAAGAGUAGUGCGUGAUUAUCAACUAGUGUCAGCAUUCUUUGCAUCAUCCAGGAAAGACAAGACAUUGAAGAGGAAGCAAACAAAGGAGGAAAGAGAAUUUAGGGACAGAAUGCGAGCAUUCGCACAGUUUUACACAGCACAGGAGUACGAGCAGUUUUUAACAAACCUCGAGAGGGAAAGAGAGCUGCGGUUACGUCUUACUGAAUUAUAUCGUUAUCGGGAACAUGGCAUUUCAAGGCAUGAAGAAUGCGCUCACUUUGAGCAAGUGAUAGCUCAAACUCAGGGACAAAAUGACGCUGCUGACCAUUGGAACGAAAAAAAAUCUGGCAGCAGUGGGCCGUCCACACCAAUACACCGCCACACCUCAAAAAAAAGAGAAGAAGAAAAAAGUUACUCUUCAAUCGACCGAAAGUACACUGCAAAAGACUUGCCCAGCAGCAGCUCCUCAAUCAGUCAAACCAAUCCCAAUCGGACGACGACUCCAGCCAAUCAGUGGGCGGAGCCGGAUAACAAUCUGAAUUCUUCCAGCCAACAUUCUACCAGCUCCAGUUCUACUGUAGAAAAGAAUUGUACUGCGACAACUUCCGGAAAAUCUUGUUCAGCAGCAGGAGACUUAGGGGACCGAGACAUAGAAUUGGAAACUGCGGCUCAUUUGUUAACAAAGCAAGAAAAAUCCUUGUGUCUCCAACUUGAUCUGAAGCCAACGCAGUAUUUAACGCAAAAAACGUUGUUGUUGCAAGUAAUAUCUAAAUGGUAAUAGGAGAUCUGGCGUUGUACCUCAGUCGGAACCAGAGAGUAAAAUACUACAUUAUCUGGUAGCAAAUGGCUGGAUCGCGGCCAACUGAUAAAAUAUGUAAAAAAUUAAUGACCAUUUCAACUCUAAGUCACCUUCUAUCUUGCAAACUAAGUCUUAGAUAUAAUUGAAAUUCGAGUCUGAUUUAAUUAACAUAUAGAGCAGGUAGAGAGAGAAUGUGCGUGCGUGUAUAAUUUAACAUGUAUAGAUUAUCGAUUCUUUAUUGCAAUUCUUCUAUUAAAUUGUUAAAUAACGAGCAUUGAAGUGGUCGAAGUGGAUGGUAAAUUGUUACAAAUAUUUAAAAUAUUUAGUAUUUUCAACUAUUCUACAAAAUCGUAUUCGUAAUUUUGUUAUCAGUAACAAAAUAUAGAUUAUCAUCCUAACAGUGAUCACGGUAGCUGUAUCGAUGUAAAAAGUUUUCAAAUUUAACCUGAUCGUAAUUUGUAACAAUUUCAUCGCCAGUUGUCGAUACUACUAAUUGCUUUUCCAGAAUACAGGUAUUAAAUCAUCGUUAUCGUUUACAUAAAAAACGAUAACAUGAACUAAAAUCGAUUGUUUAGUUCAAACGAGCAUCGUUGUCCUAGGUUUCGUUUAUCUUUUAGUGUAUAAUUAGGAAUUAUUUAACACUGUUCAAGAAAAUCGCAUACACUGCCUUUAUAGAGCCAUUGAAAGUAUUGCUCAAUUAAUUCUUUCACUGUAAUAUUUUCUUGUACAGACUACUAGGUGCACAUACUCCUUUCUAUCUGUUUUGAAUGUGAUUUGUUACCAUACUUGACAAUAAGGAAAUGUAAGGAUGUUGCAUUAAUCCAGGUUAGGUUGUUUAGUUUAUUACAUCGAGAAAUCGAUUGAAACAUAUCUUCCCGGAAACGUUAUCAAUUGACAUUUCAUCUAACAGUGUUCGAAUGCUACUGGUUGGGCAUGUAUCGAAAUAUAUUUAAUUCAAAAACACAGCACCGUAAUAUAUUUAUACACGUUAGAUUCAUGAUAGUAUUGAAUAUUAAUUUAACGAUAGCUUAAUGACCAUAAUGAAAGAAAAACCAUGCAGAAACAUAGGUAGUUCUUAAUGUUCCGUUCAAAUGAGUCGAUUUAAAACGGUUCUUAGUACUCACGAAAUAUGCGUGAUUCACACGCAAACCAACGUAUUUUAUUCUGCAAUCGUCGAAUUUCUUUAAACGACACAAAAGAUUCCUUAUUGAUAAGGGAUGGUACAAAAAACAGAUCAUAAGGACAUUUGUUAUCACCAUGAAAUAUAUGAUAUUAGGUAAUUUAUUUGUUGCCUGUGUAAUAUUUGUAUAUAUGAUGAAAAAUAGUACCUUUCUAGUGAUACUACUACUUCUAAAGCACAAAUUAUGGUGGUAACCUAAUGAAGCGUUAAAAAGCAUAUAGCGUGAUAAUGAUGGUGUUCUAAGCCAAACUCAUAUUGCAGAAAAGACAUAAGAACUUAAGACAUUUUAACGUUUUAAAAAAAGCAAUUAUUUUCAGUUGCUUACAAUACUAGCAGUAAAAAUCAUAGAUUCUAAUUAAUCGAAAUGACGAAAAUAUUUGUGCCGUAAUAAGUGUGCACGUUGUUGCAUCUUUGGGAGAAGAUACACUUUGAUGCAUGCUUCGACGGCUUUACAUAAAACACAUUUAUAGCUUUUAUUUACCAUAAAUUGGUCGCAUGUUUUUAUAUAUCUCGCCAUUCUGGCACGCUUGAAAAAUUAAAAGAAAAAAAAAUAUCUAACAAGAUUACUCGUUUGCUUCUAAAGUAAUUUUGUCUUUCUCCGAAUUUUCGCGCUUAUCGAUAUUUGAACGCUAGUUCAAACGGCAAACGAAAAAUCAUUGUUAGCUUGUAUCAUUGUAUGGAUGUAAAAAAAAGUAAAAAAAAAAAAGCUAUAUCUAUGUAAAUACAUGAAAAAAGGAAGUUACGCGCGAUCGAGUAACUAUACAAAAUCUUGUAUGUAUAAAAAAAAAAAAAGAAAGAAGAGUCUAAAGUAUCUUCCGUUGAAAACAAUACUUAUUAUGGCGUAUUGCUUAAAUAGCUAAGUGAUGAGAUAGGGAAAUAGCUGCUCAUAUUUUUUACGGAGAGUAGAAGACUAUUCCCUUUUAUUCGGUGUAAACUAUUUUCUGCGAACUUGUGUGAACAGCGAAUCGUUUAUAAAUAGGCGUAAAUAAUUUUUGUAAUAGACUCGCACUCAUUUCUUAUAAACAUUUUUUAUUUCC